AGCCGCUAUCCUCACUCUAACGAAGUUGCGUCCAGACGCGGAAAAGCUGUCCUCCCUGCUGAACCAUGAGUGGAAAUUGAAAACAUCGCGUUUGUUUUUGUGAGAAAGGGCAUCCGUUUUAUGGAAUCCGUGGCUCCCCGAGACUUUGGUGGUCUUUUUUCCUGUUUCCGUAACGAUUAAAAAAAAGGAGUGCCUCUGUCUAUUACCUUGAGCGGUCGGGCCGAAACUCCCUGGUUAUGCGCGUCUUUCUAAGGAGUUCUGCUACCGCCUCCCUGCACUUCUGCUUUGACAGUCCACGGACGUACAAAACGGCAACAUAUUUAAUCAAGCGUUUCGAUCCAUUUUUCAAUCGCAUGGAUGACGACGUGCGGACCUGAAGGGCUUCUGUGACUUGCGUUACAUUCCUCUUUUUCGCUUGUAUCGAACCGUUUUGACCUACCGGAUUUCACACAAAUGUUGCCGGCCAUAAUAGCGUUAACGUUACGCACUGGACAGCUGAAUGAAUAUAGCUAGCUAACGUUAGCUAAGUUAGCUAGCAUUGUAAUUUUGUGAUCGCCGGGUUUUUCACUUGUAUUUAGCGGUGCGGAUAAAGAUGUAUACUUGUGACUAGCUAAAGUUGGCUAGCUAGUUAAUCACACGGAGUAGUUAGCUGUUUUGUGUUCACUUUUAAGAGCCGGAGGGAUAGCUGCACAGCUAGCUAGUGAGCUAGCUAAGCACUCAAGCCAGCUAUUUGAGUGUUAUUCAGUAGUUACCUAAUAAUAUUGGUCUCUGGCGUGAAACCACGCCGUGUGUCUUUCUAGCUGGUGAUCACUUCUUCAGGUCGACAAUGUCGUUUUUUAAUUUUCGCAAAAUAUUUAAACUGGGGGCAGACAAGAAGAAAAAACAGUAUGAACACGUUCACAGGGAUGUGAAUCCGGAGGAAGUCUGGGAGAUUAUUGGUGAACUGGGAGACGGAGCCUUUGGAAAAGUGUACAAGGCUCAGAACAAACAGACGGGGAUCCUGGCUGCAGCGAAGGUGAUUGACACGAAGUCGGAGGAGGAGCUGGAGGACUACAUGGUGGAGAUCGAUAUCCUGGCCUCCUGUGAUCACCCCUACAUAGUGAAGCUGCUGGAUGCCUUCUACUACGAGAGUAAACUGUGGAUUCUGAUCGAGUUCUGUGCCGGGGGGGCGGUGGACGCGGUGAUGUUGGAGCUGGAACGGCCUCUGACAGAGCCGCAGAUCCGGGUGGUGUGUAAGCAGACCCUGGAGGCCCUCAUUUACCUCCACGAGAACAAGGUGAUCCACAGAGACCUCAAAGCUGGGAACAUCCUCUUCACCCUGGAUGGAGACAUCAAGCUGGCUGACUUUGGCGUGUCUGCUAAGAAUACCAAGACACUACAGAGGAGGGACUCAUUCAUUGGGACGCCUUACUGGAUGGCUCCGGAGGUGGUGAUGUGUGAGACCUCCAAAGACCGGCCGUAUGACUACAAAGCGGACAUCUGGUCCCUGGGCAUCACCCUGAUUGAGCUGGCGCAGAUCGAGCCCCCGAACCACGAGAUGAACCCCAUGAGAGUGCUGCUGAAGAUAGCCAAGUCCGAGCCCCCCACCCUGAUGCAGCCGUCGCGGUGGUCUCCAGAGUUCAGUGACUUUCUGAGGAAAGCCUUGGAUAAGAAUGUGGACAACCGGUGGAGCCCCACCCAGCUCCUCCAGCAUCCCUUUGUCACCAGCGUGAAUGAUAACAGGCCUCUUCGAGAGCUGAUCGCGGAGGCCAAAGCAGAAGUCACCGAGGAGAUCGAGGAAGGCAAAGAGGAAGAGGAAGAGGAGGAGCCCGAGCCUCAGCUGCUGGUACCAGGACACAAGCGGGCACCUUCAGAUGCCAGCAUCGGGAGCUCCGAGGAUGAAAAGAUCUCCCAGUCCACCUCCAUCCUGGAGUCCGUCACGGAGAAGAUGGAGCCCGAUCUCACGGAGGACAGGACCAGCGACAAGCUGUCCGAUGAGGGCAUCGGCACCAGCGAGGUGGACAGAUCCGAGAACGACAAACUGAACGAGGUCAGCGCCCCAGACGCCUGCGACGAGGAGACCGUGAACAGGGAGGCCCCGGCUGCCGAGAGCAAAGAGGAGGACACACCGGAGGUGCCGAGCGCGCCAAAGGAAGAGGGUGUCAAACCAGAGGAGUCUGUGCCAGCGGGCGUGGCAGGAGAGGAGGAGAAGGAGGAGGAAGAGGAGGAAAAAGAGGUGGAGGAAGAGGAGGAAAAAGAGGUGGAGGAAGAGAAAGAAAAAGAGGUGGAGGAAGAGAAAGAGAAAACGGCACCUGGUCCAGAAAUCCCAACAGAAGGUGGAAAAGAGGGCGUUGUGGAGGAGGAGGCUGAAAGCCAGCCCAAAAGCGAAGAACAGGAGGCUGUUGAGCCUCUUAGACCUGAGGAGCCAGAGGACAAACCCAUUGAAGGUCCCUUGGCAGAGGCUAGUGCUAAGCCUGAGGAGGAGAAGGCUGAGGAACCGGCUGCUGGGGAGAAGCCAGCAGAGAAGGAGGCCGAAGCAAAGGAGCCAGAGGCAGCGGAAAGCUCCGAUGAAGUCCCGAAAGAGGCCAAGGACAUUGCUGAGCAGCCUUCCCAGGAGCCACCCAGCGAGAAUGCCGAGCCAGCCAAGCUCACUGUGACUGAGCCUGAGGAGACCCCAGCAGAGGUCACGCCAGCACCGCCCCCUGCUGGCGAGAAGGAGAAGGUGGAGGUGGAAGAGAAAGCGAAGGAGACGGAGGAAGAGAAAUCCGAACCUUCCGUCACAGCUCCCGAGAAGGUGGCAGAGAAAGAAAAAGAGAAGGACUCUGACUCGGGGAGCAGCUCUGCGGCCGACAACAACAGCAUCGACCUGAACCUGUCCAUCUCCAGCUUCCUCACCAAGAACAAGGAGACAGGCUCCGUCUCUGUGCAGGAGGCCAAGCGGCAGAAGAAGACCCUGAAAAAGACCCGCAAGUUCAUGGUGGACGGAGUGGAGGUCAGCGUCACCACGUCCAAGAUCGUCACGGACAACGAUACCAAAAAUGAGGAGAUGAGAUUCUUGAGGCGGCAGGAGCUUCGCGAGCUGAGGCUGCUGCAGAGGGAGGAGCAGAGGGCCCAGCAGCAGCUCAGCAACAAGCUGCAGCAGCAGAAGGAGCAGAUCUUCCGCCGCUUCGAGCAGGAAAUGUCGGGUAAGAAGCGCCAGUACGACCAGGAGGUGGAGAACCUGGAGAAGCAGCAGAAGCAGACCAUCGAGCGGCUGGAGCAGGACCACACCAACCGCCUGCGGGACGAGGCCAAGCGCAUCAAAUCGGAGCAGGACAAGGAGCUGUCCAAGUUCCAGAACAUGCUGAAGAACCGCAAGAAGGAGGUGAAACAAGAAGUGGAACUUUCACCCAAACACAUGAGAAAAGAGCUCUUGAAACGUUUAAAGGAAGACCUAUUGCAGACCCAGCAUGGAGAGGAGCAGGAGUUCCUGCAGAAGCAACAGCAGGAGCUGGAUGGAGCCCUGAAGAAGAUCAUUCAGCAGCACAAACACGAGAUCGCCACCAUCGAGCGCGACUGCCUCAACCACAAACAGCAGCUGCUCAGAGCCCGAGAAGCAGCCAUGUGGGAGCUGGAAGAGCGCCACCUGCAGGAGAAACACCAGCUCCUCAAGCAGCAGCUGAAAGACCAGUACUUCAUGCAGAGACACCAGCUGCUGAAAAGGCAUGAGAAGGAAAUGGAGCAGAUGCAGAGGUAUAACCAGAGGCUGAUCGAGGAGAUGAAGAACAGGCAGACGCAGGAGAGAGGCAGGCUGCCCAAGAUCCAGCGCAGCGAGGCCAAGACCCGCAUGGCCAUGUUUAAAAAGAGCCUGCGCAUCACCUCGGCGGGAACGCCCGAACAGGACCGAGAGAAGGUCAAACAGUUUGCAGCCCAGGAGGAGAAGAGGCAGAAGAACGAGAGACUUCACCAGCACCAGAAACAUGAGAACCAGAUGAGGGAUCUGCAGCUUCAGUGCGACGCCAACAUCCGGGAGCUGCAGCAGCUGCAGAACGAGAAGUGCCACCUUCUGAUCGAGCACGAGACCCAGAAGCUGAAGGAGCUGGACGAGGAGCACAGCCAGGAGCUGAAGGAGUGGAGGGAGAAGCUUCGGCCCAGGAAGAAGGCUCUGGAGGAGGAGUUUGCACGCAAGCUCCAGGAACAGGAAGUGUUUUUCAAGAUGAGCGGCGAGUCGGAAUGCCUUAACCCCUCAGCCCAAAGCCGGAUCUCCAAAUUCUACCCCAUCCCCAGCGUGCACUCCUCCGGGUCAUAACGGGACGGGCGGGGCCACGCGGGGACACGCCUCUCUCCUGCCUUUCAUCCUCACCAUGGAAACGACAAUCGGAGCGCUCUCAUUCCGCGGGGCCUCUGGACUAUUACUGGAUCAGGAUGGAAGAACCCCAAAGCCACAGGCUGAGUUUUAUACACGAUGAAGUUACUGAAGUCUGCAUUGACCUUUUUUUUUAUUUUCUUUUUGUGUUUUUGCUUCCUUUCAAUUUUUUUAUAUAAUCAUUUUUGUAAGUUACAUUAAUUUGACAAAAGAAAAUUUCAGUGGUCAAUGAAGUUAGUGUAUUUUUGUCUUUUUUCUUCCUCUGUUCUGGGGCAGUAUUUUCAAAUGCAACGUGCUGACGCUGUUUCUGCUUUAGCAAAAAAUAUUACAGUUACAGUCAUUUUCAGUCAUUACAUGCAAUUUAGAUAUCUUACUCUGCAAAAUAAUCCAGUGCCUAAAAUAAUUUGAUUCUGUGAGUGAGCAGGCUUUUUUUAAAAUUCAGCUUGCUCUGAGACAACUGCUGCUCAGUCUACCCCUGAUGUUAUUUGCACUAAAAGUACCUGGAAAUUUGUACAAAUACCAUAAAAAUAUAUAUUUAACAUACAAGGUGGUGCUUGAAUUAAUUCUGAGGCUAUUGUAUGCCGUUAUAUCUGUAAUAACACAGUAGAAUGUACUUUUGGUAAACUAGGAAGUGCACAUUUGUAAGACGAGUCUGGAGGUCAUGGUUUAUUUUAUAUACAUGUAAUAUAUCAUAGUAGACCAAUAAACUGAUAAACACUCCUGAGAGAGGGUGAAUGAGAGACAGCAUAGCACCGCCUGGGUUUGAAUACUAUUCUCUGAGACUGUUAUCUCAGUACAGUUUGUAUCUGAUACAUCACAUUUACUGCUGUCUUUGUGUGUGUGUGUGUGUGUAUAUAUAUAACAUUAUGGCAGUUCUCUAGGCUUUUUGGUUACAGUUACUCUACAGUUACUUUGUUUUUUGUUUAUUUUUUACUUGGAAAGCAACAUGCCUUUUGAUUUUUUUUUUUUUUUGUUCUUUUUUUAGAUGAACUAAGAUUUUUUUGUUACAGUAAAUUAUCAGUGCAUUUAUGGGGUUCCUUUUGUGUUAUGCAGUUGGUAGAAUUUUUUUUUUCUUCUUUUUCAAAUUGAGGUGUAGAAUCCUGCAGACGAGCAGGUGUGGCAUGUUUGAGGGGCGGAGCACGCAGAAGGUGAUAUCCAGGAACGUAAGCCUUCAGCCAUAUCAUUGCACUACUUCACACCAACUGAUAAUAUGCAGUAAUACGCUGUUGCGUAUUAUUUCUAAGUACAGCCUUCUCAUAUUUCAGCUUUUUACUCCACUCUUCUUCGUCUUUGAGCGUUUGCCCUGCACCUUUCAAAAGACAUUUCAAUAUUUUAAUACCAAAUAUUUUGAGUCUUGGAAGGGGGCUCUGCAUGUCUUUUUUUCAUGGUUACUGUUAGCUCUUAAAGGUAUAUAUGACUUAACACUUUUAUGAUGAUUGUUAGUUAAUCACCUUCAGUUUUCUGAAAUUGAAUAGACAGUGUUGACUCCCUGUGAAAUGUACUCUGUGGUAUUAUGUUGAAACAUUAUUUGUGUUGGACAUUGGUUCUAGUGGGUUUCACGUCACUAGAUUUGGGGUAUAUCACAGGGUAUAUCAUUUUGGGGUUUGCUCCCAUGUUGGUCUGAGGUCAUUUUGAUGCUGCAAGUAAAGUUAACUUUCCAAAUACAUCAUCCAGACUUCACAUUUUUGGGUAGUUAACAAUCUGCUGUUAAGAUCUUCGUUCUAAACUGUAACAAUUGUGGAAGAGUUUUUUCAUGGUAUGAAAAAAACAUACUGUAGACCUUAAAAGGUUGUUCUGUCUGUUGGUGAUUAUAUGUAAAUUUGACUGGUCUUACUGAAAUGUUAUCAUUUUCAUAUUAAACAGGUCCUGUCCAAAACGGGGGGGAAAAAAUUAUCCAUGUACAUCAUACAUUUGAAUGUGUUUAUAAAUCAUCUAUGCCUGAAUGGCUGCAUUCCUUUCA